UAAUGACUUUUCGAACGAAUGCGUAUAUCGUCGAAAUUCAUUAUUCAUAACACAAUAAAAAUUCUGCAAUUUCCCCCAACGGGUCAUGUUUAAAUCGGUAUUACGUGCGACACUUCGCCAUUUCGUAGCAGCAACUUGAAGGAUACUGAUACCCAGUCAAAAUAUACUGUCCUAUUUCAACAGGAUUCAGGAGCAGGUAUAUGUAGAGGACAUAUGUUCAACGUUCAAAAUGGCAACUAUGCCACCAACCAAAUUACAGCUAAUUGUUGGAAAACGAAUAACUACCUAUACAUGUACGGACGAGAGCAUGCAUCAAACCCUGCUACAGUUCCUACAAAAGCUUUUCAAAGAUGAUGAGAUUGGUGAGAUUGGUGACGAUGGCUUCUUAUCUGACAUGUCUGAUGCACCGACACCAGCAGUUGAACCUAGCAUCUGCGAACCGCAACCUACUUUUCAUACCAAAGCAGAGAGGGAAAUUAUUGAAAGAUCUCUUGAAGAAAUUUUGAAACGAGAUGGACCGAACGCUGUGGGGAAGACCGUGGUGAGGAAGAACCUGGCGAUGGGUGUGAUAGGAAAAGAUGGUGGGAUACUCUCGUUCGUUGAUAAAGAUGUCACCAUGGAAAUACCACCAGGCGCACUAGAAGAGGCGACUAUCAUCUAUUGUUUCUGGCCGAUAACAAACGCGGACAGAAAAAGGCCGGAAGCCGAUCUGGCCUUUUUCGCUCCUACCAUCGACUGCGGUCCCGAUGGCACAACGUUUUCGAAGUUUAUCACCUUGAAGACUAAGCACUGCAUAACCGAGAUGGACCGCCAAAAAACGGAAAUGCUUAAUGUCUUUACGCGCGAUGGUAUCAACCCAAAGUGGAGAGAAGACACCGAUGCAAGCUUCGAAACAGAUGGAGAGUGGGUGGUUCUGAAAACGAAGCACUUCAGCGACUUCACACUUGCCCGUCGUACAGAGAUGUCAAGGGACGCAGAGGAUAAAGGUCGGUGUGUCGUUGAUGCAGGUUGUGCCAUGGUUCUACCCGAUUUCAACAGGCUACCGGCACCAUUAGUAGGGCCCAUCGAGCAGUUGAUCAAUUAUCUCACAAGUACUCUCCCCGUCAUGCAAGUACAGCCUCAUGAUACGAGUCUAUUUGAUAUAGACGUAAGCCUUGGAGUAACGAAGAGCCUGCUUCGGCGUGACGGCCCAAAUGAGUUACUUGGAAAAGUGCUGAAAGGGAGCAACUAUUCAGUAUCAGUGAUAGGACCAAAAGGAGGCUGUCUUGCAUUCUUGGAUGGUUCUGUCACAAUGGAUAUCCCGCAGGGGGCCCUUAGGGAACCAGAAGUCAUACACUGCUGCCGGCCACGUACAGAAACAGGGGGAAAAGAGAGUAACGAUAGAUUUGUUAGCUACGCUCCAAGCAUCACCUGUGGCCCACACGGUACCAAAUUCGACAAGGAUGUAACCCUUAGAGUCAAGCACCACAUCUCCGCAGAUGAGCCCGACAAGAUGAACGGGCUGGAUAUUUUCACUCGGAGCAAGUCUCAACUAGAGUGGGAAAAGGAUGCAGCUGGUAGCUUUCGGGUAGAAGGUGAAUGGGCGAUUUUGACGACGAACCAUUUCAGUGAAUUCACCAUAGGAGCCCGGGAAGGUCGGCAAGUGGACCUGCCAAGAAGAGACAUAUUGGUCUCCACCGCCAUCACUACAAGACAUGGUAACGAAGAGAACAAGUUGAAUCUCCACAUUUUCUUUGCGAGCUCCAAUCGCAACCAGAUGCAUCAAUUCCUCUUUGAAGUGCGUUCAAGUCUGAGUUCGAGGAGUGUCGAAGUAUUCGAGCUUGAUACAGAGAGAUGGGAACGAUUGUCAAAUAUUCAAGACCAGACGCUUAUCUCAACGAUAAUCGGAAAGGCCUACGUGGUGAAUGGCGUCACUCAACAGUUGACUAUCCCAGCAAGUGUUCUGCGAGCAUUACCUACAUCGGCACAUGCUAUACAAUUUCAAAUACGGCGGAGCAAAAACAACCACCCAUUGAUAUGCCUCGUUGAUAUCAGCCAGUACCAUAACAGCAUCACAGAGUUAGAUGUUGACCGCCAACACCACCACCACCAGCAGCAGGCACAGCAGUGAAUCGGAGGAAAAAGAGACGGAAUUCUAUCCAUUUGAGGCUAUUUUUGCCAAAUUUUCGACUAGAUCCGAGUGGUAUCAAAUGUGGCGCCACCUAGCGUCACUGAAACUAACAAAAUGCAAUGAAAUAGCCUUAGAAAUCUUCCUCGGGGCUCGGCGCGGGUUGGACGUUACAUUCUGAUAGAUGAAUUUGAUGAAACUGUGGAGUGAGACCUAAACCUAUAAUGCAUUUGUGCAUUCUUCGCUUCCGAGAUAAAGAUAUGUUUAACUUGCAUUGAGAGGAUGAAUAAUAGGGCUCUGUGUAGGAUUAACUGUUUGGUGAUGUCAUGGAAGAAACUGGUAGUGCAUACAUUCCGUGAUGGCGUGUUUAAUAAUUAUUUCAGCUGGAGGUUUGCAAUCUGGUGAUUUUGAUUCAGGUUAGAUAUGUCUAACAUAUCUCAUACCAGGAUUUGAUUUAUGCCCCAUUUUCUGUUCUUGGUAGGGGUGUAAGUAUAUUUGUUAUGAUUGAGUAAACCGGUAUCCAUUCUUCGUCAUAUUUGACCAUAGUUGAAUUGAUUAACUACAAAACGAGUAAUUAGAACCAUUGGAAUUGGAUGAAAAUUUGCUAUGUUAAUGUUAAAAGGUACGACAGCUAGCCUACUUAAAGCUUGGGUUGUCUGAGAUUCUCCUAAAAAAGUUUAUGAAAAUCUAUGUACAGUCGUUGUAUAGUAAAUGUACGGCUGGUUUGACCGUGUACAGAGCCCAUUAAAGGGGUACUAUAGGCAGGAGCAGGGGGUUAAAUUGGCCAUUUUCAGGUGACUGAUACACACAGAAAGGGCAUUUUGGUCAUGUUAGAUUCAGCACUAAAUUUGUUCCUGGUACAAGCGCGGAUAGUUUCGACGUGUUGUGAGAUGCGAUAGACCCCUAUUGGCAACACAGCGUAACUUUUUCUUUCCAACCUAGCUGCUGCCUAUAGCCCUCCUUUAACACUUCGCUAGACAUGUCGCUCUUAGUAGACACAGUACACUAGGCCAGCGGACUAAUGUUAAAUUGAACUUGUGGAUUUUUUACUACAAUUUUACAAUGUAGCCUAUGUAUUGUACCUUUAAUGCCGUGGUCACACUGGGGUUUUAACACGAAUUGAAUUCGAAUUAAAACGUUGAUACGUAUUGGGGCGUCACACUCAAUUCGGUUCAUACCGAUCUCAAUCCGCUUUAACCAACACGGUUCUCAAACCGAAUUGAAUGCGAAUCAGUUAAUCCGAAUCAACGAAACCGUAUUGAGAUUUCAAGUGUGACGCGCUUGAUACGAAUUAAGGUUUUCGAUCGCACUGCGCAUGCGCCCGGCGCAUGGAAAGUGACCUUUGACCGCGGGAACUAGUGAUCCGAACUAUUUAACUGAUGUAUUUAAAUGAUCUCAUUAACUCAAAUCGUUUUUCGUUAUGCCAUAGAAUAGGGAAAUAUCAACUCCCUUGCACGUGACUUGCAUUGCCAUUUCCUGGCAAGGUAUGUUGCCGCCGGUUCGUUGGUCAAAGGUACGCUGGUCAGCAACAUUGUCGCGGCGGGGUUUUCCCCGGUUUUGGCCUCGUUUUCGAGGGCGAGGCCGGGAUUCUCCGCAUUUAGCGACGGUGGUGUUGACUCGCUGAGGACACUCCUCUUUGACCCGAACUUUGGCAAUAGGCAUGGCCAGGAGAUGGAAAUGGUCAAGCACCUUACGCGAUUUUAACUUGUUAAUAAUGACUGUGUGAUACUGUGAUAUUAUACUUAUAUGUUUUGUACUUGUAAAUUUUAUUCUCCCUUAAGGGAGGUUAAUAAAUAAUAAUAAUAAUAAUAAUAGAUGGCGCGUCGUUAGUAUGCAUUGAGUGUGGCGCGUUUUAAACCGAUUUGAAUGCGUAUUCGGGCCAGUGUGACGCGACCGUUCUGAAACUGGAUUAACCAAUUCGUAUUCCGGAGAGCGCUCUACGGAAUUCGGUUUCAAUUCGCAUCCUGUUAUCUAAUGGGUUUUACGGUUCGCAUUAUGUAUACUAGCAUAUACCCAUGGAGCGGGCAAAGUUGAAAUGUAAUAUACAUUAGUUAAAUGGGCACGAUGAUUGAGCUACAUUAAAUUUCUAACGUUACUGAAGUUUUAUUAAAGGUUAAACACGAAAUGAACUGCAUUUAGGGACUUAUUGCUGCUAUCUACAUGCAACCCCCAAUAGAUUGAUUGGAGUAUGCUAUUUUGCACAAUGCAUUGAGACAAGUGACAGUAGGUCCUGUUCCAAAUAAGGCCCUCACAUGUCAGGCAUAUUACCUACCCACUCCCGUACCCAAUGCCACUGUCGGACCAAAGCCAGGCGCAUGGAGAGAUGCAGAACGCAAUUCAAACUGACAACAUCAGUCAGUAAAGAAUAAAACAAAGAGCAAGCGCUGGCCACUGUACAUAUUUUGUCCAUCCUGGCAUAACUGUUUAUUGAUACCCUGACUGCAUGUUCCGGUAGGCCACUCUGCAGAAUUUGCCUCAUCACUCAGGUCAGUGUUUCUCGAAUAGAACUAAAAUAGAAUAGGCUAAUCAUUAAUCUCCCUGCUAAUACCCUGCACCAUGGACCAGGUUGUAUAGCACUACAUACGUGCUGGAAGCUAAUACUGAUGUGGCAGGGAGAAUAUGCGUGAAGUUUGUGUAUGCUUUUGAGAAUGAGCGGAGCUCUCCAGUCGACGUGCUCUCUGAAAAGUUGUUAUUUAUUCUAAAACCACGAAGAUAUUCGACGUAUGACACCCUCAGUGACACUCUUACGUAUGAUCCAGACCUACGAAGCCAAAGGUUGCAAGAAUUCGACGCAUUUCCGAGGCCCAAUUUUGAAACAAAAAUCGCCUCCUAUUUAGCGGCCACAACGCGCAUUAUAGUAUAGAUAUACAUCAUAUACUUAUCUGUUUUCAUUGUUAUCUUUCAGAACUUUUAUUUGUAUAUUUCAUUGUCAUGUGAGACCAAUGUCACGAUAACACAAUUGAAAAUUAAGCUGGAAAAUAUGCUGUUUUUUUUUACAAGGUUUUGAUUUCAUGUAGUAAGUGGCUAUUGCCAGUAAAAACAAAUUUCGUUGAUCGACCGAAACUUUUUAAAGUGGCAGUUAAAGCCAAGAUAAAUUGACGAAAUUUGUGUGUAAACUCACCUGGAUAUAUAAUGCAGUAAGGCAGCAUGGAACCUGUAACUGUGAUACAGCCAUUUCUACAGCAUGUGGUCUGCUUUUUACAAGCGAGCACUGCACGCAUAUACUUUUAAUUGAUGCACAUGUAGUCAUAUUACGAAAUGCAUCCGUCCAAAAUCUACGUCUACCGUAACUUAUUCUAUACAUGUAAGCAAGAAUUCUUGACGUGAGUAAUAAAAAACACAUUGCUUCAAAGGCAAUAUUAGGUAUCUCAUUAAGUAAACUGUCGCUGUCCUUUUAGGCUGCUGUGCAAAAACUACAGGUCCAAUUUAUUCGAUGUUUAAUAUACUGUAUUUUAACAAAAUAGGCACUAAAGUAAGCUUGUUGUGAUGACUGGUAUUCCCUUCCUGAUAUCCUAUGUAUUGUAACUUUAUUUAAGCCUGCGUGUAGUAGUAUACAAUAUAUUAUAUCUUUAUAUCCUUUUACAGAAUCUAGGUUAUAAAGGUACAGGAAAAAAGGUACAGUAAAUAAAGGUACAGGAAAUAAAAGUACCGGAAAUAAAGGUACCGGAAAAAAGGUACUGGAAAAAUAGGUACACAAAAUGGCAUGAAUAGGUAAAAAAGGUACACAAUAUUUUAAAAAAAUAUAAUUUGAAUUCUCUCUUUUUCUAUUCAUAACUUUAACUUUAUUUGUUGCAUAGGCAUUGCAUAGGCCUUAGAAAUAGGUAUAUCAAAUUUCCAGUAUACCGUUAUGGUUUUCAAUAGUGAAAACAAGGCUAUCAAGAUCAUGAUGAUUGUAAAGAUUCUAGGACAAUUCCCUCUGCAAAAGCGUUAACUGAUAAAUGUAUCAAUGUUCAAGUUAAAUUGCAAUUAAUCAAUAACACUCUUCAUAGAGCUGGAUCAAAUUAACAAUGUGCCUGGCCAAUUAGGUCUUAACAGACAAAUUACUAGAUUUUAAGACCAAACACAAGCUAUUUAGGGAAAUUGGCGAGAAUCUUAAUGUGAAAUGCCAGGUAGGAUGCCAGGUGCGCCUCCCCUUCCCAAGAUCCUAGAUCUGUCCCUAAUAAGAAUACGACUCGAGUAUUUUUAAAUUUAAAAGAACAUGAAUGUAGUUAUUACCAAAAAAAAGUCAGCCUCCCUGUUGGGCAAUUUCUUCAAAGAAUUUUCCUCAAAUUCAUUCCGUAACAAAAUUGUCCGCAAUGUAUUAAACUAUUUUAAGGCACCACCUUAGUCACAGAAGAAGAAAAUGGGCAAGAAAAGAUUAAGACAUAGGCCGAGUCUGAACCAGUUGAAGAGAAUAAUAUUCUAAAAAAAAUUGUGUACCUUUUUACCUAUUUAUGCCAAUUUUUGUACCUUUUUUUCCGGUACCUUUUUUUCCGGUACCUUUAUUUCCAGUACUUUUAUUUCCUGUACUUUUAUUUCCUGUACCUUUAUUUCCGUACCUUUUUCCUGUACAUUUUUUUCCUGUACCUUUUUUACCGUAUACCCCUUUUACAGUAUGUGACUCAUUUUAACAUGUAUUAGUGUGUGUAGUUGUAUUCCUCGAUUUGGAAAUUUCAAUAGAUCAUAAUCAUUAUCAUUAGCAAAAAUUAACCACUAUCUUACUGUUGGCAGCAUUUUAUGUAGUGUUAGUCGUCAGCCGCAACACGCCAAGCAUGUCAAAAUGUUCAUACGAUUUUGUUUCAGUUCAUGACCUUUAUAAUAGCAAAAUUAUUCAAGACUGUAUGUUGUAUAUAUAUUAUAUCUAUAUAUUCUUUUACGGUAUGCGACUCAUUUUAACAUGUGUUAGUGUGUGUAGUUGUAUUCCUCGAUUUGGAGGAUUCAAUAGAUCAUAAUCAUUAUCAUAAUCAUUAGCCAAAAUUAACCACUAUCUUACUGUUGGCAACAUUUUAUGUAGUGUUAGUCGUUAGCCGCAACACGCCAAGCAUGUCAAAUGAGACUAUUGAUAGUGACGGUAGGGAGUCAACAAGAAGGAACUAAUUUUCACUAGAUCAUGUUUCUUUGUACUGUUGCUUGAACUAUGUUUCUGAUAGGGACGCCCUUCGUGGCUGAAGGUUUAAAUACACUUAAAAUGUUUUGAAUAAAGUCUAUUUCUUACCAAAAGUAAUAAUUUAAUAAACGUUGCAUGCCUUAUCUAUUCUUUCUAUGAAUAUAUGCAAAAAAUUGAAUUGCGUGCAAAAUAUCAAUGUCAAAAUAUCACGAAAUACCUAUCUUUUCAAAUCCUGCAGUUAAUUAUAAAUAUUGAAAUAGAACGGAGUCAUACUCUGGUCUAUUCUCCGACUUUCUAUGAAGAAAGAUCGAAACAAAAAUCUGUCCGCUUCCUUGUUAUUGCAAAAUAUCAAGCUUAUAUAAUAUUUUCAAUUUUAGAGUUGCCGUAGAAUUAUCAUUAUCAUAAUAGACAGGAUUUUUUUCGAAUUUCUUUACAGGAAGUCGAAGAAUGGACCAGAUAAUGAUUCUUUUCGUUCUGAAUAUUGAGGACUGCAGGACUUAAAAAGACAGACUUUUCAUAAUAUUUUGAUAUUGUGAUAUUUUCAUGAUAUUUUUCAUACAUUGCCAAGUUUUGCUUGUAAUAAAAGAAGAAAUAGGUAUGAGACACAUCAUUCAUUGAAUGAAGUAGUUGGCAGACUGAAUUGCCUGAACAUCCUGAUGAAUGUUGUAUUACACAAAUGUCAACUACAUGUAACUCCGUGAGCAGGCAGCUGUAUUAAAAUCGCUUUGUGUCCUAAUUCUACAUGAUUGUCCCUGAGGUGAUAGUUUCGGUAACUGCAAUUAUAUUUGGUAGCACUUUACAUGGUUUAGAUCAUUGCUAUAUAUUUAUUAUUCUAUUUUUCUCGACGAAGCAGUAACUUUUGAAAUUCUUAAUGUACUGGUAGUAUAUUCAUUUAAUAAAG